ACCCAGUUUUCAUAGCAUUGCGUUUAUUCCUGUCGUGCUUCGCCGCGUAGCUUCUUCGAAGGCUUAGUUAUUAUCCCGUUAGGUGCAGGAGCAGUGUGUUUGACGCCUUCGUCGUAGGUGCUCGCGCAGUUCCCUUACUGACAGCCACAAUAGGAUGUCUGUAGCGCCGUACUUCUAGUAGCAAUCAGGACUGAAGUUCCAAGAGCUAUUAGUCGAUCAAUCGCGAAUUUAUAGUCAACGGGUUUCGCGGACCGAUUAGUGACUGGGCUGGCCGUAAGAUCACCGUUACCAAGAGUAGCGACUGGCAGCAGCACCGACACGGGCGAUACCGCUUCAGUUUCAAAUGGACGAUGCUCGCAUUAGCAUCGUCGCAGGGUUCAUCGCAGGCGUCGCAGAGGUCCUCGUGGGGUAUCCGUUCGACACGGUGAAGACCCGAAUGCAGUCGCAGGAUCGCGCGGAGCCUCCGUUGCUUCCAGCGCACCGCGACCGCGACAGCGACAUCAAUGGCUGCUCAGGUCAAGGUCGGGCGGCCACUCCUGGUGGCCAGCACUACAGCUCGCCGUGGAGCUGCGCUGUCGCGACGUACAGAGCAGAAGGCAUCGGGGGCUUCUACCGCGGCAUCGCCGCGCCGAUGCUCCAAGAAGCGGUAGGCGUGGCUCUGCUCUUCGGAACGCGCGAUUGGCUGCGAACGGCGAUAGGUGCUGACAUCAGCCGACCAGGGGUGUUCAUCGUAGCCUGCUCCAUAAUCGGCCUGCUAGAGUCUUUAAUCUACUGCCCCCUAGACCACCUAAAGACGCGCAUUCAGGUCCGCGGCCAACGACUUAAACACCAGCUACUACAUUCGACUACUGCUACGUCUGUCGCAUCCCAAGAUUCCUCCAAGCAUUCGUCUAAUACCCCUAAGACUCCAGUGAUUAGCGCUGGGCUGAUUGGAGGGACGGGACACGAGGGAACAUGUGUCUCUCUCUCCCUUCCGCCCUCUACCGCGUACUGCAUAGGCGUGGGUCCCGGGCUUUUAGCAGGCAAGGAGUCGCACGCGGAUCUACCUCCUCUAGGCAUGACCAUGGGCGUGGUGAUGGGUAAAGACAUGCACGGGGAGCUCAUGGGGAUCGUCAGCGCCGCCCGCAGCGUUAUCCGCGCGAGGGGAGUGCUGGGGCUGUACCUGGGGUUUGUGCUGCAGGCGUGCAAGGAGGUGCUGGGCAACAUCGCCCUCUUCGCCACGUAUGACGUCGCUCUGGCGCUCUUCAGUGGCACCACCCUCGUGCCUGGCGGGGGGCAUGGAGGCCACUUGCAGGCCGGCCAAUCGUGGAUGGCCAUCUGGCCUGCAGGAAGCCUUGCUGGCAUGGCCUAUUACCUGCUUGGCUUUCCUUUUGACACGAUCAAGACUCGCCUACAGACUGACUCUCUCACUCACCCUCGUUACCGGAGCUCCUUUCACUGCACUUGGCACAUGUUGCGCCACGAAGCUUCCUUCUUGGACCUCUAUCGAGGCGUCUCUGCUUGCCUGGCUCGGGCCAUUCCCGGCUGCGCUGUGCAGUUCUUUGUCUUCGAGGCUGCUCACCAGUUCAUCUCUCAACUAGGUGCUCACAUUGUUCCCAGCAUACAGCCAGACAGUAGUCUAGGAAUCAGUGGACUUGGCUAUGCUGGAGGCAAACCAGCAAUGGAUCAAGAGAAGCAGUGGGACUUGCUCGCUGGGUGGAGCUGAUAUGCUGGGUUGGUUGGUUAGGUACGGUCGAAAUAGUGUACAGGACAUGUUCAAUUUUGAUAGCAUCCUGAUAAAUGCACCACGGUGCA